GUGCUAUGGCACAGUGCUGUCGCCUACAGUGUUCUUUUGCCCUCCCGAAUUGUUCCCUUUAUUGUUUAUGUUAGUGGCAUUCGGUUUAAAGCGUAUUUUUACGAUUGUAAACAAGAGAGAGGGGGGAGGGGGGUCUUGUCAAUCUCCAAAACCUGUUGAUCUUAAGCCUUGCUAUUCGGUGACUUGUUGCACAUGUGUACGAUCCCUUCAUUCUAUCGAGAUGUUUAUGAUUUGUGCUCAGUCGCCGACAGUGUUAGCAAGGAAAUGUUCACUCGCCUCCUUGUUAAAUCGGGUCUUCCUCAGCAGAAACUUAGCCAGAUAUGGGAACUCAUGGAAGCCAAACAGGGCUCUCUGUCAAGGACAUCACUUUACAAAGCGCUAGCGCUUGUUGCUUGGGCUCAGCAGGGCAAAGAACUCAGUGUAAAGCUUCUGGAUAACUUUUCUGGGGAUGAGUAUCCAGUUCCUUCAUUGGGUGAUCUAAGUGAUCUACGUCAACUGCAGAAACAACGCCAGAGGCAAUGUCACCCUGGUCACCUAGGCAUGCGUUAUGGUGAUCUUUGCCGAUUAGAUACAGUAACUGUCCACCUUGUUCCAGAGAAAAAAGGCCUCUUCUUAAAACAUGUUGAAUACCAAGUUACAAGCAAGAGAUUUGGCACCAAAGUGCGCCGCAGAUAUAAUGACUUCGUAUCCUUGUAUGAUUUGCUUCUCGGAAGAUUUCCAUACAGGUUGAUUCCAAGGCUUCCUCCAAAGAAAAUGAACAUUGGUUCUGAUACACAAUUCAUUGAAGAAAGGCGUCAAUGGCUCUGGCGGUGGCUCAGCCUUGUCUCACGGCACCCUGUCAUCAAUCAAGACCCUAUACUUCAGUUUUUCUUCACAUAUGAUGGUGAUGACAUCCAGCACAAAAUAAGAGAAAUUUUCCGUCGAGUUCCAGAUGAAUUUACAACAUCUGAACUUGCAUCAAGGGCCAAGGAGCUGGUUCCUCCUGAUACUCUGACUGAGUUGGCUAACAGCCGAGAACACAUACGUCUCAUAACUAACAGUGUUUCCAGAGUUAAACAAAUAACUGAUGGCCUGGCCCAGCGCUCCCAAGCGUAUGGCUCUGACAUGGCUGAGCUUGGUAGCCAACUCACCCUCUUAGCUUCAGAAAAUAAUGGAACAUCUUCUUGGGCCACGGGUGGAAAUCAAAUCUGGUCAGAAAUGAAGAAAGGUUUCCAUACAAUAUCAAAGGAGCUAGGAAUCCUUUCCAGUAAAGCCAUGGCACAGUCUGUGCGUGAAGAGGCAGAACUAUGUGCGCAGUUGAACUUAUUAAUGGACAUUCUGUUUGCAUACAGAGAUUUAUGUGCUCGCCAUGAAAAGGGUGUCAUGCAAGACCACCAAAAGGCUCAUGCAAAGAUGUUAUCAUUAAAGAAGAGACAAAUGCAAGGAGUAUUAAGAGGGGAGGUGGAGUCUGUGGUUGCUCUGGAAGACAGGAUGCUACAACAGGAGUCUGUUAUAGCUAGUGUGGAGCUCCGAAGUGCUUACUCUCUUCAUUGUAUGCACAUGGAAACCCAGUUAGUCCAUGCCCACCUGGAGCUUUUUGCCACUGUGAUCAGUGUUCUGGUGUCUGUACAAAUAAGAGGCCAUGCAGAGUUGGCAGAGGUAUGGAGAGCUAUCCAGCCAACCAUCUCCAAAUGUUUACCUGAAGAUGCAGAACAAUGAAGUGUCUUAUCAAACAAUUCCUACAUCAAAUGACUGACAUUUGUGGCAUAUCAGGUUAGAAUUCUCAAUGAUUAUACUGUAGUUGGUUAUUUAACAUAUACAUUUCUCAUAGCCUGACCAAUUAAAUCAAAAUUAUUAUACUGGUGUAGUGUAGUUUAGUGCUCGUUUCAUCUGUGUGUAUCUGCUUUUUGGAUGCAGUGUGGGCAUAAGUUUGUACCUGCUAGACUGGUCGAAGUGCCAAACUGGAGUGUUGUGAGGGAUGAUAAAUGUAUUUUGAGUCCAUUAAAUAACUGUAAAUCGUGGUAUUUCUACCAGGCACUCACCAUUUUAUGCACAAUACCACGUAAGUGGGAUAGUUUUAGUAAUUGUCAUUCCAUUUUAACCAGAAUCUUUCUCUCUUGAAUUUUUUUCCAUUUAUUUAAAUAUAUUUUAUCUGUUGACUGAGUAUGAUACUUGAAUGUUUAUGUCUAUUAUUGACUACCCUAUGCUAAGAUAGGACAGAUAAAGGAAUGAUGGACAAAUGUAGGAGUGUAUGUGAUUUUUAUUCAGCCUGUUUUUGAAUAAGAAAGCACAUACAUUCAUGCAGUGGAGCUGAAUUAAUUUAGGCAGGGGUCUGUGCAAUAAUCAAUAAUCUUGUUGGAAAUAUGAUAGCAAACAUGCUUUGAGUUUUCCCCAAGUUUUAUUUUUUUGUGACUGCAUUUAGAUUGUUUUCCACAUUAAAGUUGUGGUGUGUUCAUAUUGAACAGCUGUGUUGUACAUAUCUUCGUGUGACCUUGCUUCAGAAGUCUACAUGAAGACAUAUAUUUUUUAAUAGUUUGAUUCCUCUUUUAUGUGGAAAUAUUUGGUUGGUUAAUAGGGUUUAUAUUGUUAUUUGAUCUUUGUGAUGAUAUUUGUUUGUGUUCUUGGAACUCAAACACAAUUCAAUGAUUGUUGAUAGCUGCAUUUCCAGUUUAAUAUUUAUGUUAUCUGUUAAAUUUAAGUGUUUCAACUUAUUCUCCAAAAUUACUUUAAUGUUGCUUAAUUUGUUUAUGUUGCAUGAAUAUUCAUUGUCUAUGUCUAGUCAGGUAUUGGCCCUAAAUACAGGGAGUACCUCUACAAACCCACUUUUCUUCGGGGGGAGAUGAUUGCACCACAGUAGUGAAUCAAAGAAAUCGGGAAGUUUAAGGAACAAACCUUUUGUUUUCACAUGAAUAUUUUGCUGGUGAAUGGAGAAAAUUCUUGUGAUCAUGUACAAUUUACAUAUUUUUUAUUCAUCAAAAACUCUUCAAAAUACUGAUUACUUGAUUAGAUUGUGUAAGCAUUUGACUAAAGUACAUACCGGUAUUCUUUCUUCUAUUGACUUGCUUUCUUAGGUUUUCCAUCUCUCAAGAUUCACAGUCACACUGAAUGUGUUAAAUCAUUCUUUUCAGCCCCUCUUAUGUAUUUUCCAUUUUGAUAGGCGUCACCUUCCUAUUGAUGCAAUUUACUCAUCAUUAUCUGGACAUCAAUGUGUAGUUAGGUGGAAGACCUAAAAUAUCCUGAAUGUAGUAUUCAAGUAGAAUUGCAUAAUUAUCUGUUCAAUAUAUUGUGGGUUAUUUUUUUUUAAGUUUGGUUAUGGACUUUUAGUAUCUAGAGUGCAUGUAUGGGUAAUUGUUUUCUGUUAUGUAGUUGUCUGUUUCAUUACAGAAAAUGCAUUUGGGACCACAUGCAUGUUUGUGUCAUUUUUAUUAUCAGAUUGUUGUAGACGGUGAUAUUAUAGAAUAUUCAAAACCUUGAGAGACUUGCUGUCUACCAAGCUUUUGCCAUUAUUGUCAUCAUUUUAUGCGCCGCCUUUGGUAUCAAUAAAAUCAUGAGCCUAAAACAACA